CACCUAUAGAUGUGUAGUUAAAAGUGAAUUUAAAAAUACAGCCACUGCAUUUCUGUAGAAAGAUUCAAACAAGUGUCAUUUUAGUUUCAGCGUGCUGUUUAUAGACAGACACAAAUGAUGCGUCACCUCAAAUGUCGGUACCAAUAAAGUCUACCCUCCACAUGUUUCAUCCCACAGGGCCGCAUGUCCCCACCGGUGUCACAGUGCAUUUGAACAUCAGGUAAGGUUACGAUGGGUCCAAGUGUGCGGUGAGCCCUCCAAUGGGCUGACCAAAGCGAAACUACAAACCUCAGAAAUCCAGGAAUUAGCCGCUUCCCGCUCGUCGCCAACGUUGGAACACCUGGAAAUAUGGGAAUGUGUUGACUCACCAGCAGCUGUGGAUUUUAGGCCGAGCGGAGGGAGAGAUCUGACUUUGAUGUGCGGAGACGUCGCAGCUCCAUUCCUGUGCUAUGAGACACCUGGACACCGAGUGACCGCAGCGGGACUGAGAGCGGAAGAGUAGUCGGUGAAACAGAUACAACAACAUGAAGGAGAAAUCUAAAAAUGCCGCCCGGACUCGACGGGAAAAGGAAAAUAGUGAAUUUUAUGAACUAGCUAAACUCUUGCCACUGCCGUCCGCCAUCACCUCCCAGCUGGAUAAAGCCUCAAUCAUCCGGCUCACAACAAGCUACCUGAAAAUGAGAAUAGUCUUUCCUGAAGGCCUGGGGGAGUCCUGGGGUCAUGUGAGCCGCAGCACUUCUCUGGAUGGAGUCAGCCAGGAGCUAGGCUCGCAUCUCUUACAGACAUUAGACGGCUUCAUUUUUGUGGUUGCUCCAGAUGGGAAAAUAAUGUACAUAUCAGAAACAGCAUCAGUGCACUUGGGCCUGUCGCAGGUAGAGUUGACGGGAAACAGCAUUUAUGAAUACAUUCAUCCAGCAGACCAUGAUGAAAUGACAGCCGUCCUAACAGCACACCAGCCUUACCAUUCACACUUUGUUCAUGAAUAUGAAAUGGAACGCUCCUUCUUUCUGAGAAUGAAAUGUGUCCUCGCUAAAAGAAAUGCUGGGCUUACCUGUGGAGGCUACAAGGUAAUCCACUGUAGCGGCUACCUGAAGAUCCGUCAGUACAGCCUGGACAUGUCUCCAUUUGACGGCUGCUAUCAGAACGUGGGGCUGGUGGCCGUCGGUCACUCGUUGCCACCUAGUGCUGUCACUGAGAUCAAACUGCACAGCAACAUGUUCAUGUUCAGAGCCAGCCUGGACAUGAAGCUCAUCUUCCUUGACUCGCGGGUUGCAGAGCUGACAGGCUACGAGCCUCAGGAUCUAAUCGAGAAGACUCUGUAUCAUCAUGUCCACAGCUGUGACUCCUUCCACCUGCGAUGUGCUCAUCACUUGUGUGAGUUAGUGCUGGUGAAAGGUCAGGUCACCACUAAGUACUACCGUUUCUUGGCCAAGCAUGGUGGCUGGGUCUGGGUUCAGAGUUAUGCAACCAUCGUACACAACAGCCGCUCAUCCCGACCGCACUGCAUUGUUAGUGUCAACUAUGUUCUCACGGAGACAGAGUAUAAAGGCCUUCAGCUUUCUCUGGACCAGGCCACGUCCAAGGCCUCUUUCCCCUACAGCAGCAGCACCGCCAGCAGCCUUACGGAGAACUGCAGAACUCCGAAGAGCAGAGUAUCACGGCCCAAGACCAAAGCUAGACUCUCGCCAUACACACAGUAUCCUAGUUUCCAGACAGAGCGCUCAGAGUCUGACCAGGACAGUCCCUGGGGCAGCAGCCCUCUCACUGACUCAGCCUCCCCUCAGCUGCUGGAGCACGGUGAAGGCCUGGAUGCCUCCUGCGUGUACAGGCAGUUCACCACUGAUCCCCGCAAGCUCUGCUACAGCUUGUCUGAAGAGCACCAUCACCCCACCAGCGACGGUUACACACACCUCCACGCACAUGGUCAAGGUCAAAGUUGUGAGCGAGGUCGAUGUGAGGCGGGGCGUUAUUUUCUAGGAGCACCUCCGCCUGGCAGAGACGCGUGGUGGAGCACCACCCGGUCCGUCCUACCGUUGAGCAAGAGCUCCUUGGAGAACCGUGAGGGAUGUGACAGCAGCGUGCCACAUAUCACAGCCAUCCACAGCUACCAUGGCCGGGGCCAGUGGGAAGAGGACAGCGUGGUUAGCUCCCCAGAUGGGGGCUCAGCCAGUGACUCAGGGGAUCGAUACCAGGCUGACCACUACCGCUGCAGCCCACAGGAACCCAGCAAGAUUGAGACACUGAUCCGAGCCACGCAGCAGAUGAUCAAAGAAGAAGAAAGUCGACUUCAGCUGCGUAAAGGCCCUCCAGAUGCCCCACUGGGGCCCGCCAAUGGGCUGCCAAAGGGUGCUGGUCCAUGCUUUACUUCUGAGUAUCCUCAAGGGCCCCUGCCGAUACAGACUGUGGUGUGUCGAGGUUUGAGUCAUGUAAUCAGCCCUGCACCUAGUCCUGCCCCCCUGUCCAGGCUCAGCAGUCCAGGUUCUGAACGCCUUCACAAGCCCAAAGACUACCUCCAAACAGACCUGUCCCCCCUUUCUUUGCCAUUGCACCAUCCAUUUGGUCGGCCGGGUCCAUGCUCGGCUUCCCCCACCUCAGCGCCAGCCCUUUACCCCUCCCACACUCACCCACGGCCCUACUCGGACAAGCAUAAAGCCUACUCCCUGACAGGCUACACUCUGGAGCACCUCUAUGACCCAGAGAGCCUUAGGGGCUACUGCACCUCAGCCAGCACGGGCCCCACCCACUACGAUAUGACCCCUCACCUCCGCAUACAGGCAGAACAGACCCCCGGACAUAAAGGCACCUCUGUCAUUAUCAGUAAUGGCAGCUAACAGUCAUCGAUCACACGCAGUGGAACUGCGGUCACACAGCCUGAGCUGGUUACAACAUUGGUACAACAUUAAGCCAUCGAUAUUCUUAAUCCUGUUAACCUGUUUUUCCAUCAUACUGACCAGUUUCAGUGGUGAUUUCUCCUGCAUGGGCCACAGGCCGCCUUUUGUGGUUGUCAGGAUGCUCACAAUUUGUUCACAACUUAAGUUUCAUGCUAACAAUCAAUCAAUCAAACAAAUCAUCAAAUAAAAAAGAACACUGCUUCAUUACCAGGGAACGAUCAGCCACAACUGGCACCAUUCUGCACUAAUAUUAGAGGAGCGGUGUAGCAACAUCGCUGCUGGACUUCAGUUAAAUUACAGGUGUCACAUGCCAACAAGGGGGGGGUGCAACAUGGAAAUAUGUCAAAAUGUGGGACUGUCAUGCAUAAAUCAGCAAUAACAAUGUAACGUUAGCUAGUUAGCUACCAAGAUAUUAGCAUACUAGCAAUUUAUUUUGUUUUGCUUGUUAUAAAGUAAAGGAUCAUAAUACAUUGAAACAGCAUUAAACUAAGAUAAUUUCUGAUAAUACUCAGUUUGGAGUCUGCCUCUGAAAACCCCCAUUUGGAGGACCAUGAUUCCCUAACACUUAACCCUACCCCUCAAUCCCAACAAGAAUCAAGACACCAUCCACCAAGAUGUGAAGAUGCAAAACAAUCAAUGUUUAAUCAUUAACGUUUUUAACACAAUAUUAAUGUUUUUAUGUACAAACUCAAAAUAUCAACAAGUCCUCCUCAUUAAAGGACAAAAUGUGUUGUUUGUCCAUGUCCUCUUGAGUAACAACACAAGGAAGAAUUUUCUAACCUGAUGCCCCAGUCAACAGGGCAGUCAUUAUCAUUUGUCUGUGCUAACCAAAUCGAGUUUGGGAAAGAUCAUUGUUUGGAUUACAAUAAAUACUUCAUUAUAGUUAGGGGACCUUCCUGGUUAGGAUUCAAAUAACUUCUUGAUUAGGGUUAGGGACCUUCAUCGUCAUGGUUACAAUACAGUAAUAAGAAGGUGGUUAAGAUUAGAGAACAAUCCUGGUAAACCUGGUCUCACAGAUAUACACUGUAAAAAGAAACUGUUUCAAUUUGUGACCAUGCUGCCGUAAUUUUUUUUUAGUUCACUAUAUCUGAGAAGACAUGUUGGAUAAUUACACAAUUACCUCAACUUGUCCUCUCAAAUUGAGUCAACUUGAAAAUUUUAAGGCAGCCCAGACAUAAUUUUUUUUAAGUUUAAAUAAAUAGUUUCUUUUAACAGUGUAUGUGAAAUGACCAUGACCUGAUAACACCGCAUUAAGUGGUAGUUGCAUGUAAUGUGUUAAAAUCACACGCUGGCUCCAGAAUUCCCUGGUUCAGUGAUGUCAAGCAAUGGGUAGUGGUUAAUGUUACGACUGUAUAUGUACAGAGCAAGAAAGUCUGUGUAGGGAGGAAGGUUGGAGUGGUUGAUUGGUUAAACAAACACAGGACUUUUACCCAGGAUACUGUUGUUCACAUCCCAUGUAAAACUAAAAGCACUGACUUCUUUUAACUGAAGAUACUUAUGUCCUUGACGUUCAUUACUUUACAAUGUAUUUAUGUCCUUUACAUAGCAAAUGUAGUUAUUUUUACAGUAAGCACAAUCUUUCUCUGACCUUAACCAAGUAGUUUUGAUGCCCAAACCCAACUGCGUUGCCACCAUGUAAUUUAACAUGACUUCCUUCUUUGUUUCCGUCAUAAUUGUUGUUAAACGUUAUUACAGCUGCUACAGGGCUUUGUCACUUGAACGUAAACAUAAGUUGUUUUGGGACACUUUCUGAAACAACUGAUGCUGCUGCUCCUCAGAGGACAGUCUCCAAAAUAUACAUGAAAACCUAUGAAUGGAAAAACACUCAAUAAUGCCACAUCUUUAAUAAGACAGCUGUUUAAAACAGAGAAUGGAUAGCACUGCAAAAUUCUACCCCACAGUACAUUCUUUUCCUGCCAAUGUCUCAUUACAGUGUGUUAAUAAACAAACAAUACUUUGGUAAAAAUCAAUCAGUAUGAUGGAAAACAGGGCUGGGUAGAUAAUGGCUGGAGUUGUACUUUAACAUUCAUCCCAGUGUGUGUAACCUUUUGCACUAUAAAAGAUGGAGUUUGUGUAAAAAGGGUCUCCUUGUUCUUCAAUGCAUUUGGAUGAGGAGAAGUGACAGGGUUGGGUAUGGUGCACUUUGCACUGAUACAGAUGAAACUUACAGAACAGGUUGGCCCUGAAAUAAAACACAUGUCAUUUGAAAGCUCACAGACUAAUAUGCAAAGCCAUUCUCUACAUGUUUCUUUUCUCGCAGUUGCGGUAUCUUGCAGGGAAGUAAAUGCAGUAAAGAAAGGCAGAUACAUUGAUCACUCUCAUGGGUACAUGAUGAAUAUGAUUGUACAGUGAGAUCCAUGUGGAUUUUUGGACAUAUUUUUAUGGGUGACACGUCUGCUGCUUGGAUCUUUGAUAUAGUAUUUGAUUGGCGAGACAAUAAAAUGACCUGAUAUAUGUUCUGCAGCAUUCUUUUUUCUUUUUUAUUUCCUUUAUCAGAAACUUUCGUGUCAUGAAGAAAAUUGACACAAGAUAUGGGACACAUUAUAUUGAUUUCCAUCCUGAUAUGUGUGGUAACAUUUCUGAGUGACUGUAGGAAGACCGACAGACCAUAAUAUGCAAUUUGACCCACUGAAAAUGCCAUGCAAGGCAGCUUAAUUGCAUUCAUUAUGACAGAUCCCUGAAGCAAGUGUCAAUUAUUGUUAUGUGGGCAUGUUUGUACAACAAGGUUCAAGCUUUCUCUUGGAUUAUUUUUCCUUCAUGUCCUCCUCAGACCUUAGAUGAACCUAUAUUUAUACAAGUUUGGAUUUUUUUCAUUUUGUUAAAGCCUGAAAUGUGCUCCAUCUCUCAAAGUUAUUUAUGGUGUACUGUAAAUAUGCUCAGAAAAGAACCCCCACCACAUCUAAGCACAUAGGCAAAAACUGUAUUUAUUGAGUAAAUGUUUCUUUAUGAUUUUGAAAUAUAGCUGCAAUCGAAUCCAGUCUAACUGCUUGUAUAUUGAGUGUGUUUUUGACUGAAGCAAAUUCUAAAAGAGGACAAA